AUGUAUUAUUAUCCUGUAAGGAGUAAGAUGAAGGAUACUGUUAUAAUUGCCAUAUAUUUGUUAAGUUUAUCUACUUCAUUACUAGCUCAUCCUAGAGCAUUCGACGUACCAUUCAAACGAAGUGACAGAAAUUUGGACGAUGGUUUUGAUAACAACAUUAUCGAUUUUGAUGAUGAAUAUUCAUUGAAAUAUGACAAGAAGUAUAAGACGGUGCCUUGGCAUUCUAGUGAAUCUUAUAAUAAAGAUUCCUAUAAAUACACAAUUGUGAAAGAUGAUGCCGUAGAUGCAAGUAGAAAACUAGAUAAAAACAAAACAGACAAAGUUAACAACAAUACCAAAACAAACACAUCUGCAGUGAAAGCCGAAAACGAAUCUACAGAAUUUCCCGAAUUUAGUGUAAUACCGUUAGAAUUAGUUAGUACGACUGAAAAUACUUUAGUAAGUGUAGUUGAAAGUACUACUGAAACUGAUUUGACAGUCAUUCCAUUGUCAACAACACAUAAAACAUACCCUGAAUUUGAAACUAAUCCAACAAUUACAAUACCGGUCUCAACGCAAAUAUCUGAAGAUUAUAUUCCAACUACAGAAAAUGUUGAAGUUGCAACCAAAGUUAAUGUAAGUGAAAAUAUUGACUUUAUCUCUAAAUCAAACCUUGAUGUUAAGAGAACAACUCCAUUAAGUAUUGAAAAUACAACAAUAUCAGAUACAAUAGCCGCUGAAACUAUUCGAGGUAAUAAUAUAACAUUUGAAGUAGAUAACUUUUUUAACGACAGUAUAUCUACAGAAAUAAUUGAAAGUUCUACAAAAUUAAACAAUGAUUCAAAUGAAACAAGUUCAAGUACGACGAUAGAGUCUAUUAACAUAUUUGACGAAAGUACGGAGUCUAACGAGGAAGAUGUUCCGGUUUUUACAGAAUUAGAUGCUGAAGAAGCAGAUGAAAAGGAAGUACCGGAAGAUUAUUAUGAUUCUAAGGAUAUUUUGCCUACUCCUGCUCCAAAAACGGAUGCUCUGUCAGUAAUAUUUGGAUUUGCAGGUAGUUUUGUUGAGAGUAUGGUCGAAAGUGUGGCGGAAAGAGUUGUGCCGAAUUGGAUUUAUGAUAUCUAUAAAAGAAUGCAAAAACAGAAUGAAGCGUUGGAAUCAGAAAAGCUAAGAAGUAGAGAGGAAAAUGGAGGUUUAGGUCAGUUUGGCCGUGGCAUUCUGAAGUCCAUAUCUACAGGUAUUAGCAAACCUCUGAGCCAACUAAUGGCUGGAGUUAAAGAUAUUGGAUCUUUGGAUAGCGAUCGAGGAUUCGUCAGUAGUUUAGCGUCAGGUGUCACCAGUGUUGCGAACGUCGCAAAUUCUGUUGUGGACGCCUUCAAAGACAGAGUACAAGCUAUUUAUCCUGGGACCGUGUGGUGUGGAGAUGGUCACGCGGCAGCCGCGCGCUCUGGAGAGCUCGGCCUGUUCUUUUUCACCGACACUUGCUGCCGACAGCACGACGCCUGCAAGAUCUACAUCAGAGCAGGAGAGACGAAGUAUGGUCUCACGAACACCGGUCUCUUUACAAGGUAA